CAACUUCCACUGCGAGCGUCGAAUGAGACAGACAUCCCCAUUGAACUGGAGUUCAACAGCGCCAAGGAAGGGACACAACGGCAGACGGCGGUGGGAAACGAAGCAGUUUAGAGCGGAGGAUACACUGACAUUCGUGGAGUUUUGUCACAACGGCGGCAAUUAGCAAUGAGUUGGGGAACGGAGCUUUGGGAUCAAUUUGAAAACCUCGACAAGCAUACGCAAUGGGGUAUCGACUUCCUGGAGAGGUAUGCAAAGUUUGUGAAAGAAAGGCUGGAGAUUGAACAGACCUAUGCAAAACAGCUGAGGAACCUGGUGAAGAAGUACUGCCCCAAGCGCUCCAAAGAUGACGAGCCCAGGUUCUCCUCAUGCCUGUCCUUCUACGCCAUCCUGAACGAGCUGAACGACUACGCCGGGCAGAGGGAGAUUGUGGCAGAGGAGAUGGGGCACAAGGUGUACGGGGAGCUGAUGAGAUACUCGCAGGAGCUAAAGUCUGAGAGGAAACACCACCUGCAAGAGGGCCGGAAGGCGCAGCAGUAUCUGGACCACUGCUGGAAACAGAUGGACAAUAGUAAGAAGAAGUUUGAGCGAGAGUGUAAAGAAGCGGAGAAAUCACAGAUCAGCUACGAGAGGCUAGACAACGACAUCAACGCCACCAAAUCUGAAGUAGAGAAGUCGAAGUCCCAGCUCUACCUCCGAACACACAUGGCCGACGAGAGCAAGAACGAGUACGCCGCCCAGCUGCAGACCUUCAACAAGGAGCAGUGGAAGCACUUCAACGUGGCCAUUCCUCAGAUAUUCAAGAACCUGCAGGACAUGGACGAGCGGCGCACAGUCAAGCUGGGCGAGACGUACAGGAGCUUCGCCGAGGUGGAGAGGCGCGUCACCCCCAUCGUCUCCAAGUGCCUGGACGGCAUGGUGAUGGCCGCUAAGUCUGUAGACGAGAGGAGGGAUUCCGGGAUUGUGGUGGAAUCUUUCAAGUCUGGUUUCGAGCCUCCAGGGGACUUCCCCUUCGAGGACUACAGUCAGAACAUCUACAGAACGGGCUCGGAUGGCACCAUCAGCACGCCCAAGAACGAGGCGGUGCGACCGGACCCCAAGCACUCGAUGGGCAAGGCCAAGAACAAGCUGUGGCUGUUUGGAAAGAAACCCAAGGCCCCGACAUUGGAGGACUUCAGUCACCUUCCCCCUGAACAGAGACGGAAGAGGCUCCAGCAGAGGAUCGAUGAGUUGAGCAAAGAGCUGCAGAAGGAGGUGGACCAAAGAGAUGCGCUGAACAAGAUGAAGGACGUCUACGAGAAGAACCCUCAGAUGGGAGACCCCGUCAGCCUGCAGCCCAAGAUCUCCGAGACCAUGUGCACCAUGGAGCGCCUGCGCUCAGAGAUCCAUAAGAACGAAAGCUGGCUAUCGGAGGUGGAGGGAAAACAGAGUUCACGAGGAGACAGGCGACCCAGUGCGGAGGUCAACCAUCACGCGCCCCACGGCAGAGAGAGUCCUGAGGGGAGCUACACGGACGACCCCAGCCAGGAGCACCGCAGCCCCCCUCAGCCGGACCCCCACGAGUUCGAUGACGAGUUUGACGAUGACGACCCUCUCCCGGCCAUCGGGCACUGCAAAGCACUCUACGCUUUUGACGGGCAGAACGAGGGCACGCUGGUGAUGAAGGAGGACGAGGUGCUGUACAUCAUCGAAGAGGACAAGGGCGACGGCUGGACUCGCGCCCGCAAGCAGGGCGGCGAGGAGGGCUACGUGCCCACGUCCUACGUGGAGAUUACGCUAGAGAAGAACAGCAAAGGUUCCUGAGUGGAGGUGUGCGUGUCACGUUUGGCGAGGCAUUGACGGCGGGUACAUGCAGUUCUCAGUCUCUAGGGUUUUGCGGGAGGGGUUAGGGACUUUCCGAGAGGUUCAGAGGCAGGUUGCAUGUUUGCAUGCAGACAUCCAUUACCAUUAACAUCAUUCCAUUGCAGCAGAGGCUUCUGGGAAAUCUCUCUGGGAGGCUCUCUGCUGCCAGCCUGCCUUUACACUGCUCUAACAUACUGGGCAGGAGGGCUAGACUCCAGUGGCUAAUAACAGGGUAGAGUGCUGAGACAGGGUGUCCGCACCAGAGAGAGGUGGGAUGGUAAUAAGUGUACUUUUGUCACCGUAGCUGCUCAUUACCUUAGGACAGUGUCCAACACUAACCGCCUGCCUUGUUCCAUGCUCACCCCCUUGUACAGUAUGGAAUGUCUGCCUGUGCCAGUCCGUGUGCUCGCCGUAACACGUUCCAGCAUGACUCCCGACUCGCACCCCGGGCCCACACUCAGCAGGGCUCCGGAAGCAUCUUGUAUUUUAAUAUUCAGCCCAUUUGCAUCUAAACCUGUCUGUCACCCAAUUCCUUUCUUCCCUCAUUUUUUUUUUGUCUUGUGGUCGUUGCAUCCCUGUCGAUACAUUUCCCUACGCCGGUACAGCACCUCCAUUAUGAAUGUUCCAUUUCUGUUGCGCUAUUUCGAGUCUGUGUUGCGCCAGAAAGAGUAGCAGCUCAGUUUAGAAGCAGAAGCAGAACUGCAGUAGCCCCACGGCAGGCCCCUGGCCCUCCGCUGAGAGAGGACCCCCUCCUCCAGGCUUCUCUGCUCCAGCACCACGGACCAGGGCGAGGGAGACGCGCAGUGCCACCUGCUGCCCAGAAGGGGGCGCCUCUCCACCACGCAGGAGCAGGCCGCAAAGCCUGAAGACCCAGAGAUUCCUCUAGACAAAAUAACAAAAUCAGUGAGAACUGCAUUAUGGGCACUUGGCAAUCAACACUCCAGCUCUCCAUGCAAUGUUUGCCUUAAUACAGUUCUGCCUGCCUAGUGCCAGUCCAACACUACUGGCAUACAAGGGCUGUACCACUGCUGGCUGCCUCUGGUGCUUCUCUGGACUCUCCACACACAGCGUCCUCUCUCUCUCUCCCUGUCUCUCUCUCUCUCUCUCUGUCCCUCUCUGUCCCUCUCUCUGACUCUACCUCUCUUUAUCUCUCUCCCUUUGUCUCUAUCCCUCUCUUUCUGUCUGUCUCUCUCUGUCACUCAUGCUCUUUUUCUAUUGCUGUCUCUAUUUCUCUCUCACUCCUUUACUCUAUCACUUUCUCUCUUUCUCUGACUAUUUCUGUCUCUCACUGCUGCAGAUGCUGGGAGAGCAUGCUGCAGUUUCACAACUGCUUCCAAAAGAGUGCUGCAUCUCCAAAACGUCCAUUUUUAGCGCAUAUAUUCGUGAAUGUGAUUAUACAUAUAGUAAUGUGUGUAUGCAUAUCUAUGUGGGUAUGUGUAUACAUAUAUAUAUAUGUAUAUAUUUAGUUUAGUUUUAUUACUGGACUUUGUAUGUAUUAACAUCUUUGAUUUCAUACUGAAUGUGUUUCUAUUGUGACUUUUUAUAGGGUUUUUAAUCAGGCGAACGAUUCGCUCUUCAGAACUGUGCUGUUAGCUCAUACGUAGUAAUCAUGCUUUUAUGGGAAACGUCAUUCACAAUAAGGACCUGGUCUUACCUUAACUAAAUGCACUUUUUCCCUAUAACAUUUUAAAUAGAAAUGAAUAAAUGAAUGAAUGCAAA